AUGCUUUCCCCCAAACUUCUCGUUCUGGCGGCUUUGUCGUCGGCCUCGGUGGCCUUUGAUCCUGCCACAGACACAACCUGCAACGACCAAGGAAUCUGCCUGUCUUCUUUUAUUUGGUGUGACAAGAAUGGACAGUCGUGCUCCUACCCAGAGGGCGCGGACGCGUUGAUCCCGUCCAGCACCGCGGCGUCGUACGCUGUGCUUUAUCACCAUGUCGAGUACGAGAUUCGCUGGCGUCAGGCCAAGCGGGAUACUGAUGUUUUGAUCGAAUGGCUGUUUGAUGGGAGCCCCUUUCAGAGCGAGGAGGAGAAGUCGGCUCGUGAGCUUCCUGUUAUGUGGAGUACCAACGUGACAACCUCGAGCACUGAGGGAUCCUUCACCUUUGAUCCGUUCACCAUCCUAAAGGACUUCCCCACGCAGCACGCGCCUAACAUGUCCGCCGGGGAGGCCGCGUCUUCGGCGAGUGGUAUGGCCAACACCAUUCGCCUCAGCCAGCCCGGUUCCGGCUUCCCGGAGGUUUACACCAAUCAGUUCAGUGUCCAGUCGGGCUGGGCUCAUCAGCUGGUGAGGAACAUCCGCGAGGAGGAGGCGGAUGUUCGUGCGGAUGAGAAGCGAAAGAUGAGACUUGGGGUUGGGAUUGGUGUCGGUUUGGGAGUUCCGUUGCUGUCUGCCGUGAUGUGGUGGGCUGGUUCAAGACACGGGGCUUCCAGGGCGACUCGCUCCGUCGAGGGCAAAUAA